AGUCGCAUCAAUAAGCGCUGCGUUAUAAACAAUGAGUUUAGAUUGAUUUAUCUCUGUUUAUUUCAUUCAAGACUUUAUGCAACGUUAAUGCGCUGUCCUUUAACCAGCUUUUGGUCGUGUUUGUCCCAGGUAUGUGUUAUAUUCAGAUUUGUCACGUUCAGAGUUGAGUAUUAGCAUUAACGCACGUGCUAUGUGCUCGCACGUGCUGACCUGUGUAACUGCGCCAUUUUAGAUGUGCGUUUUCUCUCUUAAUAUCUCACUUAUACAAAAUAUGUAAAAGAUGGUUACUUAAGUUUAUAAUUUCUCUGCAUUUAUGUGAUUUGAUGAGAACAGAGAAAGUGAUUUUAUAUUUUAUUUCUUUAAUGUAUGUUUUAUCCACUAUAUGUUAUGUAUAUUCAGCAGAGUUUCACAUCUCUCGCUGUUGACUUUAUGCAACGUUGAUGCGCUGUCCUUUAACCAGCUUUUGGUCGUGUUUGUCCCAGAUUCCAAUAAAGAGAUCUUGAGUGACCAUCCACCUGCUCUCAGUGUGAUUCCAUCCACGCAAAAGAAGACCGUCACAUUGGUGCCGUGACCCGGAUUUGGAGUGAGGUUUAGAGGGGUGAAUGUAACAGAGUCAAGCCGGUGAAGUGCUGAGCAAUUUUAUAAUGCAGACACCAGGUGCUUUAAAGAUAGACCUCCAUAAGAGUGUUGUGUUGUGUGAUGGACCACCCCUGCACAUGUUGGAGGAAGUGAUGCAACUCAACUGGCUUGAUAUCAGAAGCCAGCAGGGGAAGCAUAUAUUGAUUGAAAAAACCCUUCCCUCGUUUGCGUCUAAUGCUGUGAAGAACAAUGAUUUCAACUCUCUUCUAGUCCUCCUAGAACACGUGGAUGUCAAUUCAGGAGACUAUAAUGGACAUACACCUCUCCAUACAGCCAGUGAAUUGGGCAACUUGGACAUGGCAAUGUUCCUGCUGGGAAAAGGGGCUUCACCUGAAUUCACCAACAGCUUUGGACAACGGCCAUUCCACUUGGCUAUUAAGAACAGGCAUUUUAGAGUUAUCAAGCUUCUGCGGUUGAGAGGGUUCACUGUGAAACUACACCCAGUGAGAAUUGCCAUUGAAAUGAUCCAAACAGUACGAAAGAGAGAUCAUGCGCUACUUCAUGCCUGGUUUCUGUCAGGGGUGGACAUGGACACCACUGACUACAAUGGGUGGACAGCAAUGGAGGCGGCUGUUCAUUUGGGGGACAAAACCAUGAUCACCAAGCUAGUGCACUACAGAACCACGCCACUGUCCUCUGUGCCCGUGUAAAGGAGGAGAAGAGUCUCGCUUUAAUCUUUCCCCUUCUGCAGACUCUCUGCCCUGUACUGUAUAUAAACAUGUAAAUAGUUCUGUUCUGUUCUUUUUUCUUUUGUGUUCUUUUGUCAAUAAGAUUUGUGUUUUAUCAGCGUUAUAAAUGUGUUUUAAUAAACUAACAUUGA